AUGUGCAAGAUGUGCGACCGCUACGUGUCAUGCGCGAAUGAAAUUUCAGAACAGUGCCCUCCCUAUACGAGUUGCUACACUAUCAAAUCAAACGGCGUAGGUCAGCACAUUGACUGUCAAGGACUCAAGAAGAAUGCUGCUGACGGAAAAAAUCACAGCAGAAUCGAUAAUUUCUUAGAUAACACUGCGAAAAUCAGGCAUGCCAUUCUGACUAUUUACUGUUUAAAGAUAUAG